AUGAGCAAUAAUGCACAAUUGUUACCAUCUGAAUGGGAAUACCCAGAGUAGAAUCCAGAUUAUAAAGGAAAUGAUUUAGAUAAGAGAUUGGAAUAGGGUCCGAUUGAAGAUAGAGGAUGUACAGACUGUAUAUGGUGCUUUCUAUAUUUAAUAAUGUGGGGAGGAUUGAUCACAAUAGGUAUAAUUGCAUUGUCGAAUGGAUCCCCUGACAGUUUAUUUUUACCUUACAAUAGUGAUGGUCAACAAUGUGGGGUGAGUAAAAAUUUCGAAGAUUGUCCAUAUUCAUAUUUAAUGAAUACAACUUCGAUUGAGGAAAAUUAGGAUGGAAAUUUUUAGUUUAUUUGUGUACAAAGUUGUCCAUCAAAGGCGAAUACAGAAAUAUCUUAUUGCACAGUAUCUGGAGAUGAAACAUAAUUAUCAUCAUAUGGAACAUACGAUUGUAAAAAUAAAUAUAGAACACUAAAAUUAGAUAUGUCAAUUUGUUCUCCAUACAAAAGUGACCCUUUUUGGAAUGUAACAAAGGAUUUCUUUAGUUAUUCUGCAAGUGAAGCUGAUUUCUAAGAUAUUGGUAAGACAUGGUCAAUAUCCUUAUUUGUUUGCAUUAUAACAUUGAUCUUGGCUAAUUUCAUAAUGUUUUUGGUUAAGAAGUGUGCAUCAUGCUUAGUUUGGGGAGUGCUCAUCUUGUAUUUUACAUUGUUAAUUUUAUUUGGUUUUUUGUUUUAUUAUAGCGGUAAAGGAGACUUUUCAAAUGCACAUUUUGGUAAUAGUUAUGGAUGGUGUUUGACAAUAGCAAUAAUAUUUUGGAGUAUUGCAGGAAUGUCCUUGUUGAUGUUGGGAUGCUAUUAUAAAAGGAUCUACUUGGCUAUAGCUGUAAUAAAGGCUGCAGCAGAUUUUACUCGAGAUGUUUGGUAGGUUGUAAUGGUACCAUUAAGCAUAUUUGGAGUAAUGAUAGGGUUUCUACUGUUUUGGAUAUACAGUACUACUUACUUAAUGUCAUAUGGGACUUCAGAUUAUUUGGAUAACACUCCAUUUCCUGAAGUUGAUCUUCAUUCUGGAGUAAUAGGGAUGAUUAUUGGUAAUUCAAUAGCAUUUUAUUGGAAUUGUUAAUUCGCAAUGGCUUUCAGUUAAUACGUGGUAGCUAGUUGUUGUUGCAUGUGGUAUUUCCAUCAUAUGGGAGUGAAUUUACAUCGUCCAGUAUUCAAGAGUAUAAAACGAGGGUUGAUGCAUCACAGUGGGUCUUUGGCUCUGGGAUCUUUGAUUUUAACAUUUGUGGCAGUGUUAAGAUUUACAUUUGAUUUGUUACAUAAAAUGUUUAAACAAGGAGUUCAAUAGAAUAAGGCUGCUACUGGUUGUCUGAAAUGUUGGUUUGGUUAUUAUGGAUGUAUAAUACAUUGUUUUGAGAGAUUUAUUAGAUUUAUAACUUAGAAUGCCUACAUAAUGGUUGCAAUUACAGGGAAAUCAUUUUGUAAAUCAGCUCAUGAUGCUUAUUAUCUAAUAUUUCGUCAUAAGACAGCAGUAGCAAUUACUGAUGGCAUAGGUGAGAUAUUUAGCACAGUGGCUAAUUUAUCAAUAGGGAUCACAGCAACAUUCAUUGGAUUUAUAAUGAUCACUUAGAUUGAUCAUUAUUCAAACCAGAUUUCAUCUCCUGUGUUACCAACUGUUUUCUUUGCCUUUAUCUCAUUAACAUUAUCCAGCAUAUUUAUGAAUGUUUAUGGAAUGGGAAUCGAUACUAUAUUGUUAUGUUAUAUGGCAGAUAGAGAAUUGUUUUCAACAGCAAAAUCAGUUCCUUAAUCUCUAUAAGAGUUUUUAGACAAGUAUUAAAAAUGA